AUGGUUUUUAUUCAAAGUUAUAAGUAUUCAAUUGGAGCAUUAAUUUUGCUCAAAGGCAUUACGACAUUGGCAGAUCCUGCUCCGGUUAUUGAAGAUAAUCCUGAGAAUGUCAGAUAUAAAGCUGAUAUUGAUACAGGUGAUGUUCAUGGCAUUGUCGAAGUGUACACGGCAAAAAACGGUACGGCAAAAGUGAAGGUCGAUAUCACUGGUUUGCCAGAAGAGGGUGGACCAUUUUUCUAUCAUAUCCACAACAAUAAAAUUCCUGACGGAGGUGAUUGCGAAGCAGCAGGAACACACUUUAACCCAUAUAAUUCCGAAUUUGAGACAUGUGGAGAGCAAGAUGAUGCUUAUUGUCAGGUCGGUGAUCUAUCCGGAAAGCAUGGUUUUAUCAACACAACUUGCUUCCAGCUCAAAUACUAUGAUCCAUAUCUUUCAUUGAAUCCAGACGAUACAUCUUUUAUUGGUGAUCGUUCAGUUGUUGUCCAUUAUAAUGACAUGAGUAAAAUGGCAUGUGGAAACUUCCGCAAAGCCAAAAAACGAUUCUGGAAAAAAGAAUACGAGGAAGAAGAAUCUGACUAUUUGGAUAUUACCGGAAAUAACGAGACAACUCAAAUUUUAAGCUCUUCAACUUUAAUUCCGACAUACUCUGCAGGUCCAUCUAACUUUACUUCUGGAAACCAGACAAACGGUACUGCCUAUAAUGAUGAUGGGACCCCAGAAGUAUCAAGUACUUAUUGUGAUAGUGCCUUUAAAGAUAUCGCCUCUGGCUUGAUCGGCACUUUAAUCAGUUUGCUCAUCUCCAUAUUCUAA